AUGGUUUACUUUAUGGUGAUUAUAGGUGACACUUCUAAUGUAAGUCAGUCAAGCUGCAGUCGCAUAAUUCACCAAUUUUGCAAGUUUUUCAUUCAGCAUUAUUUUUACCUGGUAAAAUGGUAUGAUAAUCAAGAGGAGAUUGAUAAAGCCAAGAAAAAUUACUUUCAAUCACCUGGAGUUAAAGGUCUUCUUGGGAUAAUAGAUGGCACAAUGAUACAAAUCAAAGGAGUGUCUGGGGCUGACAAGCUAGCAUAUAUUUGCAGACUUGUGGGACUUUCUGGACAUUCAUCCAUAUUUUUUACUUCUACUUUUUUGAAAAGGAUAUUCUGCUUUAAACUGUCAAAGUAUGAUCCUAAUGCUGGUUUUCUUGUCGCUGACUCAGGGUAUGGAUUGUCUUCAGUCUUAAUUACACCGUUUAGCCAGCCAACAACACCAGAAGAAAUAUAUUUUUACAAAGUUCAUUGUCAAGUACGUAGUGAGUUUGAGCGAUGUAUAGGUCAUCUAAAAAACCGUUGGAGGUGUUUGCACAAAAUUGGUGGGACGCUUCAAUACACCCCUAGAUUAGAAGUUCCAGAUGACAUUGACUUUGAGUAUGACGAAGAUGAUGUUCAGCAUGAACUAACACAAGCAAACCAAGUUCGACUUGGUAUUGUAGGAAGAAACCAUGUAAAAAGCUAUAGAUUUGCAAAUCAAAGACGUUAA